AUGCUGAAAGGUGCAGCAAGAAUUUGGUUCAGUCGCUUAACGCCCAGCUCCAUCAGCACUUUCAAGGAGCUAAGCGCUCAGUUUACCACGCACUUCAUCGGGGGACACAGGUAUAAAAGGUCUACGGCUUGCUUGAUGAGCAUUAAGCAGGGAGAGGAUGAGACACUGAGAUCCUACAUAUCCCGCUUAAAUAAGGAAGCACUCUCGAUCGACGAAGCCGACAACAAGAUACUUGUAGCGGCAUUCACGAAUAGGCUAUGGAAGGGAAAGUUUUUGUUCUCCCUAUACAAGAGCAACUCGAAGACCAUGUCAGAAGUACUUUACAGGGCUACCAAGUACAUGAAUACUGAAGACGCGUUGCUAGCUUGA